UCAUCAGCAGUGGACAAAACAGCAACUACAUCCGGGUAAAUUGUGUGACCUUGGUUGGUUAAUUGUCAUGGCGGCCAUCGUCAGGAUAAGUUCUGUCUGUCACAGAGGUGUCAAACCUCUGUUUUAUCGUAGCUCUCUCCUCUCUCGAACCCUGGUUGCACAGCAAAAGGACCAGGACUGUCCCUACCCGUUGACUGCUAGGAUUCAUGGAUCCUCAUCUCUCUAUGCCGGCUCGGUGUCCAAAGCUGCCUCCCUGCAUUGGACAGGAGAGCGUGUGGUGAGCGUACUGCUGCUGGCCAUGGGGCCUGCUGCCUACUACUUCCCCGGACCUGCUGUUGACUACUCCCUGGCUGCCGCCCUCACCCUGCAUGGCCACUGGGGGAUUGGACAAGUCUUAACGGACUACGUUCACGGAGAACCGAAGAUCAAGAUGGUCAACGCAGGCCUCUUCCUGUUGUCGACUGUCACCUUUGCCGGUCUCUGCUACUUCAACUAUAACGAUGUAGGCAUUUGCAAAGCGGUGGCCCUCUUAUGGAGCAAAUGAAUGGAUUGAGGCUUGGAGGUUUGGGAUGGGUGGCGUGGGCACUGGGAUAUCAGCCGUCUUGUUCUGGUAUGAUUGUGAACAUUCAAGGGAUUAUAUGUACAUUUCUAUAAAUAUAUAAUUUCACAAUA